AUGAACCCAGGCCACCAAACUGAGCCUCUUGCUCGAAAGCUCGAUGAAGAACAUAUUGAACACCCGCCAAUCACAAUUAUUUCGGUGAGCGGUGACCUAAUUCUUGAGUACAUUGCUCCUGGUACAUCUUCAUUGUCAAACAGCAAGCGCAAAUGGCAGGUGGCAAGCAAGUGCCUUACCUCCAACAGUCCUUACUUCCAAGCCUUGUUGGAUCCCACUAAGUUCUCCGAAGGGAGGCAAUUCAGCGCUCAGAAGCAAGCAUGGAAUGAAUCCCAGACGGCAGACUUGGCUUCACAGCAUGCCCUACCAACGGUCAAGCUUCCCGAGAUCCGGUCCACAAGCCUCUGUGGAGAAGAUGCCAUCGAGUUGUUCCUGAAAAUAUUAUGUUUUGAGUCUUUGGAUGAGACAGAAAGAACUGUUUUUGAGAAUGAGCUCAGGGUCCAGUCUACAUCACUUGUUGCCAGAAUGAUCGACCUGGCGGACUCCUUCAGUUCCACCAGCAUUAUCCGGAAAGUUCUGCAGAGAGUCGGAUAUAUGUAUGGCAAGACGAAGGUUGCGCUUCUGUCCAGGGUCACGCCUGCAUUAUUGGGAUUGAAGGAAGAUCGGACCCGGCAGAUCAUCUUUAUAGCCGCCUUCCUCGAUGACUCAAGACUCAGGAGAAUCAUGACCCAUGUCUUGCUGGUUGCAGGCUCCAGAUUAUGGGCCAAUGGGUUGGAAGACCCCGAAGAAGAGAAUUUGCGCUGGAAACAUCUACCGGAUGGUUUAGAAGAGGAAAUCUAUUAUCGACGCCAAUGCGUUUUGAACACGAUCACCGACCUACAGGCCCAUUUCCUCCGAGUUUACGGAGGCCUGGAAGACCCCGACAACGCCAGAUCUGCCGCAAACAACCGAACUUUGGGCGCGGCUUUUACCGCAUCUGCACACACGCUCCUUCAAUCCCGCCGAUUCCAAUGUCGAGGUGGCUUCAAUAAUGCCAGUCAAUGCGACCUCUUCCAAUUGGGUCAGAUGAUCCGAUUCUUCUCGAUGCGCGCCAAAACCAUCUUCUUAGGAUCGACUUUGAUAGACCCCGAUUUUGACUUGAAUCCAGAAGGCGAUCACACAGUUGGCGAAGCCAGGAACGACCAGCCUUCAGGUCCACCAACUGAUAUUGCCGCCAUCAUCGCUUCCAUGAAACAAUUCCCCGAUUAUCCAAUCGACGAAGCUCACACCGGCUGCGGUGUGAGACGCAGAAUCAUGCCUGCAUUGGAAUGCGUCGAGAAAUUCAUCUGGGAUGACCGCGGCCUACUUGGGAUAGCCCCAGAUUACAAAGACCCCACCCGACCCUCCAAAUGGACGGCCUGGGCAGAUCACCCGCGCAAGAAACACAUGGUUGAUAUUUCCUUUGCGAGAGUCACGGCUGUGUAUUAUCCUUCGGCACCGACGAAAAACCGAGUCACCCGUUCUACAUCACAUGACGAACUUGGACGGCUGUUGUUCACUGCUGCUCGGAGGGAUUGGAGUGCGGCAGGCUCAGGCUGA